ACCUUUAGAAUUAAAACACAGCUGCAGUUUGGACUAGUUUGGAGUGUUUUGGUUUCAUUUUAUCUCAGUAUAAAUUCCUUCGUUAACCGAAAUAUUCUAGCGUAACUUUUAAAAAUGUCCGUAAAUAUAAUUAAAAGGGGUUUAGCCACUUCGUCUGUGAAAAAUGCGAUCAAAAACAUUACGGUAAUUGGUGGUGGACUUAUGGGCUCCGGUAUAGCACAGGUAGCAGCUCAAGCGGGUAACAGCGUAACGGUUCUAGAAGUGAACGCUGAUCUGCUUAAGAAAUUGGAAAGCGGAAUAGCGAAGAACCUAGAACGCGUAGCUAAAAAGAUCCACAAGGAUAAUCCAGAUGAAGUUAAGAACUUUGUAGAGCAGACAAGAGCUAGAGUGAAGGGUACCACGGACUUGAAAGCAGCCGUUACAGAUUCCGAUUUGGUCGUUGAAGCGAUCGUUGAAAAUAUGAAGGUCAAACACGAACUGUUCAAGAGCUUAGACAAGGAGGCCCCUCAAAAAACCAUCUUCGCUUCUAACACUAGCUCUUUGAGCAUAACUGAAAUAGCCUCGGUAACAAAUCGUAAAGAUAGAUUUGGAGGUCUCCAUUUUUUCAACCCAGUACCAAUGAUGAAGCUGUUGGAAGUUGUUAGAACUGAAGAUACGUCUGAAGAAACUUUCAAAGCCAUCUGGAAUUGGGGGGUGGCCAUUGGUAAGACAUGCAUCAACUGCAAAGAUACCCCUGGAUUUGUAGUCAACAGAUUGCUGGUACCUUAUCUUGGGGAAGCCAUGAAAAUGUUAGAAAGAGGAGACGCUUCAGCAAAAGACAUCGAUAUAGCAAUGAAACUGGGUGCAGGAUACCCAAUGGGCCCCUUUGAACUGGCAGAUUAUGUAGGACAUGAUACAACUAAACACAUCUUAGACGGAUGGCAUGAGAAAUAUCCAGAAAAUCCAUCAUUCAAAACUCCUGAAAUACUGAACAAACUGGUUAAAGAAGGGAAAUUAGGAAGAAAAACAGGUGAAGGUUUCUACAAGUACAAUCAAUAAUAUACAUAAAACAAAUAAUUGUUAUCAAUAUAUAUAUAUAUAUUUAUAAACAUAUCAAUCAUAUUUUGUAGCAAUUUUUAAAAUAAAUUGUAAAUUUU